AAUGAACUGAAACCAAUGAUCUUUUUACACCAGUGUGAAAACCACAGAGGUGCAGAUGGUUGAGCUGCUCUCAGCGCUUCCUCUCACACGACACAAUGGGACAAACAUGUGAGGUGAAGCUGCUCUUGCUGAUCUCAUCGCUCUGCUGCAGCACGAACCCAGCUGUAGUGACUCUGAGUCCCAGCAGCUCUCAGUUCUUCAGAAGGGACUUCGUCUCUUUUACCUGUGAGGACGACCACAGCUCAGCUGGAUGGACGCUGAGGAGGAACACGAGCAGAGGCACCAGGAAGGAGUGUGAAGACUGGGGGAGACAAGUUGCUUCUUCCUGUGUCAUCGACACUGCCGUCCUAAUGGACAGUGGAGUUUACUGGUGUGAGUCCACAGAGGGAGGAGCAAGUAACUACGUUAGCAUCAUUGUGACUGAUGAUACAGUGAUCCUGCAGAGUCCCGUCCUCCCGCAGGAGGCGGGAGAGGACGUCACUCUGAUCUGUAAAACUAAGACGCCGCCCUUCAACCUCUCGGCUGAUUUCUAUAAAGAUGGCACUUUUGUCAGGACGACGCCCACAGGUCACAUGACCAUCCACCUUGUCUCCAAGUCUGAUGAAGGAGCCUACAAGUGUGACAUCAGAGGCCGGGGAGAGUCUCCACCCGCCUGGCUGUUUGUCACAGGUCGGGAGGUCAAAGGUGGAGUCGUCCUCUUGGAACCCUCCCUCACCUUGUUAGUCAUCAUCCACAUCGUGGUCAGCUCGCCAUACGUCCUCUCCACACUGCUCCUGGUGUCCAUUUGCCGACAGAGGCCCACAGAAAAGGCCCCGCCUGUUUCCCUGACAGCGCCCCCACCUGGCGAGGAUGAGGAAGGAUUGGAGUACGACAAUGUUGAUGCUGACGUCACCACCGAGCAUCGCUUCUGAGCUCAACGUCCUCAUGUUGUUUGGUUGUUUGGUUUUUCUUUUUUUUUUUAUUCUAUAAUGAAUCCAAAAUGAAUAAUUAUUUAACCUCAAAUAAGGUUUGUGUUGUUUUGCUUAUGUUUUUUAUCAAUAAAUUAAAAUAAAAAUUUCGCAGUAAAUCAAAUCCUGGUGGUGUC